AGAAAGAGCACGCUCCCCUCUAGGCAGCAAAGAGCUGCAGGUCUCUAGCACUGCUGGGUCUCGGGUCUCCACCAUCACCAUUCAAUAUUUUUUCCUUGUAUAAGCUGUCCUUGGCUCACCUGCAAAGACAACUGUGCACUUUGACUUGCUUUUUUCUUACUACUGUAAACUAUGCUGGAUAUUUGUGGCAAACCUAUCUAACUUUUUUAAUCCUUUUCUUUCUUUUUUCUACAGCAUUGUCCAAGAUAUAACAGUUGGUACAAAGCGGGGAUCUGACGAGCUUUUCUCUGCUUGUGUUACUAACGGACCCUUUAUCAUGAACAGCAACUCUUCUUCUGCAGCUAAUGGAAACGACAGCAAAAAAUUCAAAGGCGAUAGUAGAAGCGCUGGGGUCCCAUCCCGGGUAAUCCACGUCCGUAAACUCCCCAGUGAUGUCACUGAGGCAGAGGUCAUUUCUUUGGGCUUACCUUUUGGCAAGGUCACCAACCUUCUGAUGUUGAAAGGAAAAAAUCAGGCUUUCAUAGAAAUGAACACGGAGGAGGCAGCCAACACCAUGGUCAACUACUACACCACGGUCACUGCGGUGCUCCGGAGCCAGCCCAUCUACAUUCAGUACUCCAACCACAAGGAGCUGAAGACAGACAACUCUCCAAACCAGGCACGUGCCCAAGCAGCUCUGCAAGCAGUGAACUCUGUUCAGUCUGGAAACCUCGCGCUGUCAGCCUCUGGUGCAGCAGUAGAUGCAGGAAUGGCGAUGGCUGGCCAGAGCCCUGUCCUGAGGAUCAUUGUUGAGAAUCUCUUCUAUCCUGUCACUCUAGAUGUUCUGCAUCAGAUUUUUUCCAAAUUUGGCACAGUCUUGAAAAUAAUCACAUUCACGAAGAACAACCAGUUUCAGGCCCUGCUACAAUAUGCUGACCCAGUGAGUGCUCAGCAUGCCAAACUGUCUCUAGAUGGACAGAAUAUCUACAACGCCUGUUGUACGCUGCGCAUAGAUUUCUCAAAGCUGACGAGUCUCAAUGUAAAAUACAAUAACGAUAAGAGCAGAGAUUAUACCCGACCAGACCUGCCUUCCGGGGAUAACCAGCCCGCUCUUGAUCAGACCAUGGCAGCUGCUUUUGGUGCCCCAGGAAUAAUCUCCGCUCCAUAUGCGGGACCUGGCUUUCCUCCUGCCUUUGCAAUUCCCCAGGCUGCAGGCCUGUCAGUUCCAAAUGUUCAUGGAGCUCUAGCUCCUUUGGCUAUCCCAUCAGCAGCAGCUGCAGCGGCUGCAGCAGGACGGAUUGCCAUUCCCGGCCUCGCCGGGGCAGGGAACUCUGUUCUGCUGGUUAGCAAUCUGAAUCCUGAGAGAGUUACACCCCAAUGCCUCUUUAUUCUUUUCGGAGUCUAUGGUGAUGUGCAGAGGGUGAAGAUUUUAUUUAAUAAGAAAGAGAAUGCCCUAGUUCAGAUGGCUGAUGGAAACCAGGCCCAGCUUGCCAUGAGUCAUUUAAAUGGUCAGAAGCUUCACGGGAAGCCAAUCCGUAUAACGCUGUCCAAGCACCAGACAGUGCAGCUUCCUCGCGAGGGACAGGAAGACCACGGUCUGACCAAGGACUAUGGAAAUUCUCCUCUACAUCGCUUCAAGAAACCAGGCUCCAAAAACUUCCAAAACAUCUUUCCCCCUUCUGCCACUCUUCAUCUGUCCAAUAUUCCACCUUCAAUAACUGAAGAAGACCUUAAGAUGUUGUUUUCAAGCAAUGGUGGGAUGGUCAAAGGAUUCAAGUUCUUCCAGAAGGACCGUAAAAUGGCUCUGAUCCAGAUGGGCACUCUGGAGGAAGCCAUUCAGUCACUCAUUGACCUCCAUAAUCAUGACCUGGGUGAGAAUCAUCACCUGCGUGUGUCCUUCUCGAAGUCCACCAUUUAGAGCUUUGGAAGGUGUGAGAGAAAAUGGACUUGACUUAAAACCUCUCGAGUUCAGCCUUGACCUUAAAAGGCUGAACACUAGGGUUUCAACUUCCAUCAUUCCAGAAAAAAAA